CUCACAAGAUUAAAGAAAACUUGCAACUACAAAAAGGCUAAAACUCGCAUAAAACCCCGUAUUCCUAACUUCAUCGCUGAGUUGCGGUUACUUCCGAACCUGCCCCGGAAAUAUCUCAUCUCUCGACAUCUGGACAACUAACGGAAAUCACCACACAACCAACUGUGAAAAUGCGCCUAAUUUACAUCACAGGACUUUUUGCCGCGUUACUGUGUAACCUUACUCUAGUUACAUCGGUGACUCAAACUGAAAGAAACCUGAGGGCUAGUUUAAAGGAGUACCACAAUGCUGACACGUGCCAUCUUCAAAAAACCAAGCAUGCGGGAUUCAAAGCCUCGCUUGCAAAGUCCAAUUGCGAAAAAGCUCUCAACACAUUCCUUUCGUUGUGUAAUGGGAACCUCAGUUACCAAAGCGCGUGCCACGAUCCAAAAAGACCAGCAGCCUGCGACAAAGGUCGCAAGGUCACCCCUCGAUGCUCCUUCCAAUGUCGAGAGUCUCCCGAUGGGGCGUACAAGACAAAACAUCUGAAGGACAUAGUUGCCGCUUUAAAUUUAGAUGAAUGACGCUGAAAUAAAGGCAAGGGCUAGCCUACUGAAAUACCACCAAGCAGACACUUGCCCUCUUCUCAGGGGUAACCAAGCAGGAUUUAAAGCCACCAGAGCCAAAACUAACUGCGAGAGAGCACUUGACAAGUUUCUUACGUUGUGCAUUGCUAACGACCAUUACCAAAACGUAUGCUACGAUCCAACAAGACCAGCGGAUUGUGACAAUGCUGGCAAAGUAGUCCCUCGAUGCUCUUUUCAAUGUCGGAAAUCACCUACUGGAGAGUACAAGGCCAAACAACUUAAAGAUAUCCGUAUUGCUUUGCGUAUAUUAUCUUAAAAUUAUGUUGUUUUGAUUGGCCAAAAAAUGCACACGAUACGAAUAAAAGCAUCAUGAUUUGUAUUUCAAAUAAUGCACUUUGUUCAAGUCUU